AUGCCUCACCCCUUCAGUCCGGAAGACUUCCCCAUCAACGAGGAGCGCGAGUUUGACCCGACGCGGACCAUCUUCUUGAAGCAAGCCAUCCACUUCAAGAAAACGGCGCAAAUAUUCGAUGUAACGGGCAAAGUGCGCAAGUCGUUCAAUAACUUCUCGCAUUCGUUUCUAGAUGCGACUGCGCGCGCGGCGAAACAAGCCGAGGAUAACGGCCCCACGUACGAAAUCAAGAGCUGUGGCGACAUGAUGCGGACCAUCAAGACCAUGACGGACAACCAGGGGGAGAAGGUUUGUGACCUUAAUAUCACCUUCAUCUCGUUCGACUGCUCCACCGUCCGGUUCCCGUCCGAUAGCAAGCACUCGCGGCAUCCCAUUGAGAUCUGGCCUGUGGACGAUGGGCGGGGCAAGGGAGAUAAGCAUGAAUGUUUUGUGCGGCAUAGUGUGCCUUAUUUUUGGGAUAUGACGAGUGGACCGGUUGGGGUGUUGCAUAAGUGCCUCAACCAACAGCGCGUUGAGGUUGCGAAGGUGGUGGCGUAUGGCUUCGAUAAGGAUGCCAUACUCGUGUUGGAUGGAGACGAACUGGACGAUGCGGUGGCGGUGGCGACAUGCGUAAUUUUGCUGAACGGGAGGGAUUCUAUGGACCACUGA